AAUUAAUUUGCUUCCUCACCAAGGCGGCGGAGUCUAUUGGCGGGCUCUGGUGGGCGAGGACCGUGCAGUAUUUUAUAGGACGGAAGUUGAAUCGCAGAACAAUGGUUGAAUUUUCAUUCGUUCAUGACCGUAAAUCGAUUGCGGAUUUCGAGCUAAAUUGCUAAAAUGGCGGAAGAAAUCAGUCGGGCCGACCUCGGAACUUCCACUUCUAUCGCAGACAGCGCGAAAUCGAGAUCUUUUUGGCCCUCUAGUCUCCGUUGGAUUCCCACUUCUACCGAUCAUAUCAUCGCCGCCGAGAAGCGGCUUCUCUCUCUUGUCAAGACUCCGUAUGUCCAAGAACGAGUUAACAUUGGUUCUGGUCCACCAGGAUCGAAAGUUAGAUGGUUUCGUUCUGCGAGUAACGAGCCUAGGUUUAUCAACACCGUGACAUUCGACAGCAAAGCUGAUUCUCCGACACUUGUAAUGAUCCAUGGUUAUGCUGCUUCUCAAGGAUUCUUCUUCCGGAAUUUUGAUGCUCUUGCCAGUCGCUUCCGGGUCAUCGCCAUCGAUCAACUAGGGUGGGGAGGAUCUAGCAGGCCUGAUUUUACCUGCAAAAGCACAGAGGAAACUGAAGCAUGGUUUAUAGACUCUUUUGAGGAAUGGCGAAAAUCAAAAAACAUCAGCAAUUUUAUCUUACUUGGGCACUCAUUUGGUGGAUACGUUGCGGCUAAAUAUGCUCUCAAGCAUCCUGAGCACAUCAAACACCUGAUUUUAGUAGGACCUGCUGGAUUUUCUUCGGAGUCAGAUGCUAAGUCUGAUGAGACGAUUACCCGGUUUAGAGCUACUUGGAAAGGAGCGAUUUUGAGUCAUUUGUGGGAGUCAAAUUUUACUCCACAGAAGCUUGUGAGAGGUUUGGGCCCCUGGGGUCCUAAUCUUGUUCACAAAUAUACAAGUGCUAGAUUCGGGACAUACUCAAUUGGGGACAUAUUGAAUGAUGAAGAAUCCAGAUUGUUAUCAGAUUAUGUCUACCACACGUUAGCAGCCAAGGCUAGUGGAGAAUUGUGCUUGAAAUACAUAUUUGCUUUUGGUGCAUUUGCUCGGAUGCCUCUUUUACAAAGUGCAUCGGAAUGGAAAGUUCCUACAACAUUUAUAUACGGUUAUGAAGAUUGGAUGAAAUAUCAAGGUGCUCAAGAAGCUCGCAAGAAUAUGAAGACACCGUGCGAAAUAUUACGGGUCCCUCAGGCUGGGCACUUUGUGUUCAUAGACAACCCUACCAGUUUUCACUCGACAGUGUUCUACGCAUGCCGGAGAUUCCUCUCCCCUGACCCUGAUAAAGACUCCUUGCCUGAAGGUAUAAUAUCUGCCUGAACUCUUCACCAUACAUUUUGCACACAAAAUUCAGUUAUGCAUGUAUUGUUUGUAGUUGUCUAUGGUCAUUUACAUAAUGGGUAUAUAUAUCAAAUGUAAUAUUUUCUGUUCACAUCCUUAUGUAUACCAAGAAUAUUUAAUGUUUGAUUCGUCGAAAUUUUGUCUAUUAAAUUUUUUCUCGGUCUUCUUUUUA